AUGCCCGCGAAAUCGCGAUUCACGAGGCUCGAUGCCUUUACCAAGACGGUCGAAGAUGCGCGCGUGCGCACAACAUCCGGUGGGGUUGUCACCAUAGUCAGCUUGUUGGUUGUCUUUUGGUUAACGUGGGGCGAGUGGGCCGAUUACAGGAGAGUAACGGUACGGCCAGAAUUGGUGGUCGAUAAGGGCAGAGGCGAACGCAUGGAGAUCGCCCUGAACGUAACGUUUCCAAGAGUGCCAUGCGAACUACUCACUCUCGAUGUCAUGGAUGUAUCUGGCGAGUUGCAAAUGGGCGUCACGCACGGUAUCAACAAGGUUCGACUAAGUCCUGAGAAGGAGGGUAGCAAAGUUAUCGACAUCAAGGCUUUGGAUCUGCACGCUGACGAAGCGUCACAUCUGGCCCCCGACUACUGCGGCGAAUGUUACGGCGCCCCUUCCCCCACCAACGCAAUCAAACCUGGCUGUUGCAACACCUGCGACGAAGUCCGCGAUGCUUAUGCCUCAAUCUCAUGGUCCUUUGGCCGUGGAGAGGGAGUCGAACAAUGCGAGAGAGAGCACUACGCCGAACAUCUCGAUCAACAACGCCAGGAAGGAUGUCGUCUUGAGGGCAGUAUCCGUGUCAACAAGGUCGUCGGAAACUUCCACAUUGCUCCUGGAAAGUCCUUCUCCAACGGCAACCUGCACGUCCACGAUCUCGAGAACUACUUCAAGGAUGAGUACGCGCACACCUUUACCCAUCGGGUCCACCAGCUUCGCUUUGGCCCUCAGCUCAGCGAUGUGGUCGUCCAAGACAUGCAGAGGAAACACCAAGGCUCAGCCGCCGGUGGAUGGUCGAACCACCACAUCAAUCCUCUCGAUGACACCGAGCAGCACACCGACGAGAAGGCAUACAACUACAUGUACUUCAUCAAGGUCGUGUCGACCGCUUACCUGCCUCUCGGCUGGGAGAAGGAGAUUAGUCGUCCCGGUAAACAAGAUGAGCUGCUCGGCGCCACGAUUGAUGCUACAUAUAAGGGCAGUAUUGAGACGCACCAGUACUCUGUUACUAGUCAUCAUAGGAGUCUCCAGGGUGGUACUGAUGAGAAGGAGGGUCACAAGGAAAGAAUCCACGCCAGGGGAGGUAUUCCCGGCGUUUUCUUCUCUUAUGACAUUUCACCAAUGAAGGUCAUAAACCGCGAAGUCCGCGAGAAGACUUUCUCUGGCUUCCUCGUCGGUCUCUGCGCCGUAAUUGGUGGUACUCUCACCGUCGCUGCAGCCGUGGACCGGGCACUGUAUGAGGGUGUGAACAGGAUUAAGAAAAUCCAUUCACAGUAG